AUGGCGAGCUCGAUGACACACAACGACAACGCUCCAGGUUCGAUGGAGCUCAAGGAUGAUACGGUGAUCGUUGUCCUGGGUGCGUCUGGGGACCUGGCGAAGAAGAAGACGUUCCCGGCACUCUUCGGCCUUUACCGAAAUAAGUUCCUGCCCAAAGACAUCAAGAUUGUCGGAUAUGCCCGCACCAAGAUGGACCACGACGAGUAUGUUCGGCGAAUUCGGUCCUAUAUCAAGGUCCCUACAAAGGAACUCGAAGAACAAUUGACCGGGUUCUGCGAGCUCUGCUCUUAUAUCUCCGGGCAAUACGACCAGGAUGAGUCCUUCAUCACGCUCCGAAAUCAUCUAGAGGAGCUGGAGCAAGGUCGAAAAGAACAAAACAGGGUCUUCUACAUGGCCCUACCGCCAAGUGUUUUCAUCACCGUCUCCCAACACCUGAAGAAAAACUGCUACCCUAAAAAUGGAAUCACAAGAAUAAUUGUUGAGAAGCCGUUCGGCAAAGAUUUGGGCAGUUCACGAGAGCUACAGAGAGCCCUUGAGCCCAACUGGAGAGAAGAAGAGAUAUUCCGUAUCGACCAUUACCUUGGAAAGGAGAUGGUGAAGAACAUUCUCAUUCUGCGCUUCGGUAAUGAGUUCUUCGGCGCUACCUGGAAUCGGCACCACAUAGAUAAUGUCCAAAUCACAUUCAAGGAGCCGUUUGGUACGGAGGGCCGGGGCGGCUACUUUGACGAGUUUGGAAUUGUCAGAGAUGUCAUGCAAAAUCAUCUUCUCCAAGUUCUUACGCUCCUUGCGAUGGAGAGGCCCAUCUCCUUCUCUGCAGAGGAUAUCCGUGACGAGAAAGUAAGAGUACUAAGGGGUAUAGAUGCCAUCGAGCCUAAGAAUGUCAUCAUUGGGCAAUAUGGCAAGUCCCUAGAUGGCACUAAGCCUGCAUACAAGGAAGAUGAAACAGUCCCAAAAGAUUCCAGGUGUGCUACCUUCUGUGCAAUGGUUGCAUACAUCAAGAAUGAACGGUGGGACGGUGUGCCCUUCAUUUUGAAGGCUGGAAAGGCUCUCAACGAACAAAAGACCGAGAUCCGAAUCCAGUUCCGUGAUGUCACCUCUGGUAUAUUCAAAGAUAUCCCUAGGAAUGAGCUGGUCAUACGCGUGCAGCCCAAUGAAUCGGUAUACAUCAAAAUGAAUUCAAAACUGCCUGGUCUGUCCAUGCAAACCGUCGUCACCGAGCUCGACCUCACCUACCGUCGACGAUUCUCAGAUCUAAAGAUCCCAGAAGCCUACGAGUCUCUCAUUCUGGAUGCACUCAAGGGAGAUCAUUCGAACUUUGUCCGUGACGAUGAGCUCGAUGCGAGCUGGAGGAUUUUCACCCCCUUGCUGCACUAUCUAGAUGACAACAAAGAAAUUGUACCAAUGGAGUAUCCUUAUGGUUCCCGCGGACCGGCCGUUCUCGAUGACUUCACGUCAUCCUUCGGUUAUAAGUUUAGCGAUGCUGCAGGUUACCAGUGGCCACUCACCGCGACACCCAACCGCCUGUAA